CUAAAUUUUGUGGGUUGAAUGAGCCUUUCAGCUGGGGUGCCUGCAGAUGAAAUGAGCUUCUCUACAUGCUUUAAUUACACAUUUCUUUAUGAAUGGAUUCAAAAAUCAGGCAGAGAGCUUCGAAUCAUCUUUUAAUCAUCAGAAAUUCAUCUGUAUCCGUAGUUCUGAAUUCAGGGUAAUAAUGCAAAGUAUAUGAACGACGACGAUAGAAUGUUGGAAAGAAUUAUGAAUGCAAUUAGUGAAGAAGGUCUAGCACAAUUAAUGAAAAUGCUCUGAAUUGACAUUCUUGUAACAGUUGGAAGAGGAAAUGAGUUGCUAUUGUGGGAUUUCAAUAUUCCCUUUUCUUCAUACAGCUACAUUCAAAAUCAAGUAGAGCACAUAUAGUUGGGAACACAAAUCUGCAUAUUUAACAAAUACUUUGGAAGUCAAGAAACUUGACAGAUUAAUGGAUUGUAUAGAAGAGGAGUGUAAAGAUGAAGAAUUCAUAGUAAUAAUACCUGCCAUAUUAGAAAUUAUUAAGGGAAUUAAUGGUGGCAAAGCAGGAUGUUCACUGAUUAAAACCUUCAUCAAAGAUGGUCCUCUGAAUGAUUUGGUAAAGGAACUGUCGGAGGAAAUCAUGAUAAAAGUAAUUAAUGCUUUGAAUGAAAAAGAUAUUCAGAUAUUGAUUAAUAUGGGUAAACAAGGCAAAGCUAGGAUUAGUGACCUAGUGGUCCUCGCAAAAAAAUUGUUACCUAUUAUCCAGAAUGCUGAAUUUGGCAAAGGGGUGACUAACCUUAUUAAUGUGUUCAAAAAAGCUGAACAAAUGUACAAUUCAAUGAUUGGCAAAAGGAAUAAUAGACAGUCAAGUAAUCAAGGGAGUUCAGGAGGUCACAGAACAGGGUCAAAUAAUCAGGGGGGCACGAAUGGUGCUAAUGUAGGUGGAAUAACAGGCAUCAAUGGGGCCGGUGGAGGUCCAAUGCAAGGCAAUAAUGGCCCUGCCGAGGGUCGAAGGCCAGGCAUGAAUGGUGCUGGUGGAGGUCCAAUGCCAGGCAAUAAUGGCCUUGCUGGAGGUCCAAGGCCAACCAUGAAUGGCACGGCUGGAGGUGGAAUGAUGGGCAUGAAUGGCGCUGGUGGAGGUUCAAUGCCGGGCAAUAAUGACCCUGCUGGAGGUCCAAGGCCAAGUAUGAAUGGCACUGGUGGAGGUCCAAUGCCAGGCACGAAUGGUGCUGGUGGAGGUCCAAUGCCAGGUAUGAAUGGUGCCGGUGAAGGUAGCAUUUCGGGUAAACAGAGCUCAAGAAGAUAGAGAGGCCGAAACUUGAUUAAGGAAAAUGAUGGAAAUUACGGAAAUUGCAGAAGUAUCUGAAUAUGCUGGAAAGGUCCAACAGCAUUUUCCAUUUCUGCAAAAUGAACAAGAUUGUUCUGCUCAAGGACAUCCAAUGACCCAGCCUACUCAGUGCUUGGUGGUGAUGGGGGCAGUAGAUAUAGCAUACAGCUUGAUUUUAAUUUGUUUCCUGUAGAAGAAUAGUUGCUCUCCUUGGUGCGGGAAAAACUUUAUGAAAAUAAAAACAAAUAAAAUUCCAACUGCACAAA